UCUUGAACUUGUACGCACAACGAGCAGUAGCUCUGAGCACUUAAAAAAAUACGUUGAAAAAUACCAUAUAAAAAUUUAAUCAACACAGUGAAAGGGAGAAAUUUAGUGAAAUAAUACUUUAACUACAGAAAAAGUACAAGUUCCAAUUCCAUAAUCAAAUUAAAGACUUAAAUGUAAUCUAUUUUUAUUGUGUUUAUCAAAGAUAAUCACCCCCAAAUAAUUGAAUAAAAGCCAGAUAAGAUGAUGUGGAAACCGCAAGCCGAAGACUUAGAAGAAAUAAUUACAGUCCUCAAACAGGCUCAGUCGCUGGAUAAGGCCACUCAAAUAGCUGUUAAACAGAAACUAGAGGAGCUGAAUCAAUAUCCCGAGCUCAAUAACUACCUGAUUUAUGUACUGAUAAAAUUAAAAACCGAGGAUGAGCAAACACGUACUGUAAGCGGCAUCAUUUUGAAAAAUAACAUCCGAAUUCAUAGAAAUACUCUACCGCCAGAGAUUAUUGAAUAUAUCAAGCAUGAAUGUUUGCAAGCUAUCGGAGAUCCGUCACCUCUGAUAAGAGCUACUGUUGGUGUAUUGAUCAGUACUAUCACCAGCAAUGGCGGUUUACAAAAUUGGCCCCAAUUACUUCCCUCUUUGUACGACAUGUUGGACUCGCAAGACUAUAAUGCAUGUGAAGGUUCUUUCAGUGCUUUACAAAAGAUAUGCGAAGAUUCAGCAGAUAUGCCUGACUCGGGUGUAAUCAAUCGGUCUCUAAAUAUGAUGAUUCCAAAACUCCUUCAAUACUUCAGCCACAAUAGCCCGAAGAUACGUUCACAUGCCAUAGCUUGUAUCAACCAAUUCAUUGUGAACCGAUCACAGGUUCUGAUGAUAUACAUUGACGUAUUCGUUAACAGUUUAUUUAACCGAUCGUCUGAUGAAGAUCAUGAAGUAAUUAAGAAUGUAUGUCGCGGAUUUGUGAUGCUGUUAGACGUUCAUAUGGAUCGUUUGUUCCCGUAUAUACUAGAAAUUAUUGAGUAUAUGCUCAUACACACCCAAAACCCAGAUUUAGCUGUAGCAUUAAAAGCGUCAGAAUUCUGGGUGUCUCUCGGUGAACAGGGUAUUUGCAGAGACGUAUUAGCGCCCUAUUUAGGACAGCUGAUUCCAGUAUUAGUGAGAGGAAUGCGAUACUCUGAAGUUGAUAUUAAGCUGCUAAAUGGCAAUGUUGAGGAGGGCGACAUGGUGCCUGACCGUGAGGAGCACAUACGUCCUCGAUUCCACAAGUCUUAUACGCACAAGCCUAAAUCUGAUGAAACAAAUGUUGAUGAUGUGCUAGAUGAUGACAGUUCACUAUCAAAAUGGGAUUUGCGCAAAUGUAGCAUCGUUGCACUGAUUGUGUUAGCAAGAGCUUUUCAGGAAGAAUGUGUACCUAUUUUUCUGCCCAUUAUCAAAGAUACUCUCUUUCGUCGAGAAUGGAAUAUCAAAGAGAUUGGAAUUGGUAUACUGGGUGCUAUUGCCGAAGGCUGCAUACAGAAUUUGAGAUCAUAUCUGCCCGAAGUCAUGCCCUACUUGAUCAGUUGUUUGUCGGACCAGAUGACAUUCGUUCGCUCUAUAACUUGCUGGACAUUAUCGCGCUUUGCUAACUGGGUAGUAAACCAGCGACAUGAUCAAUAUUUGAAACCAUUAAUUAAAAAACUGUUAAAACGCAUAUUAGAUUCUAAUAAACGUGUACAAGAGGUAGCUUGCUUUGCAUUCGCUACUCUGGAAGAAGAAGCCUGCACCGAAUUGGUUCCAUAUUUGGAAGAUAUAUUAAAAACACUUAUAUAUGCUUUCUCAAAAUAUCAGCAUACAAAUUUGCCUGGACUAUAUGACGCAGUUGGAACUCUAGCCGACUCUGUGGGUCAUCAUCUCAACAAACCACAAUAUAUCGAUAUUUUGAUGCCCCCACUAAUUAAAAAGUGGAAUUUGCUAAAGGAUGACGACAAAGACCUAUUUCCUCUUUUGGAGUGCUUGUCAAGCAUCGCAACAGCUUUAAAGUCGGGAUUUUUACCAUACUGCGAUCUAUUUUAUCCGCGUUGCAUUUCACUUGUCGAACAGACGCUGAAUCAAGACAUGGCAUGUAAAACUAAUUCUGAUCUCGAGCAUCCAGAUAAAGUAGGAAUGAUUGGUGCAUUAGACUUAUUGACAGGCCUGGCAGAAGGUUUGGCGGGACAUAUUGCGCCACUAGUCGCCAACAGCAAUAUUAUACAUUUAGUGCACCAUUGCAUGAAGGAUAAAAAUAUAGACGUGCAAGAAUCGUCGAUCGAAUUGUUGGGAGAAUUAGUUAAAUCCUGUUUUCAACAUGUAUACCCAUUCUUUGGAAAAUUGGUACCAACUUUACUUAAACAUAUGAGUGGCCCUAACGAAUUGACCGCUUACUUCGCUUAUAGCGAAAUUCGCGACAGAGUGAUGGUCGAAGAACUUGAAAAGUACCCACGUAAAUGAACGUCGCUUCACUAUUGAACAUCAUUACACCCGCGUACAAGACGAUUUCACCCAAGGUGACAUCGCUAUAGAAACUGAUUUUCUUUUUUCCUUACGAUUUGGUGAUUUAAAUGUCGAAGUGCCCUGCUACUUUAUUUGUUUACAUUCCCAAGGAAAUUUUGACAUCCAGACAACCAAAUGUAAAUGUUGUUGCUCUACCGCAGUCUUCUUCUUUGAUUCCCUCGCAUGAGAAAGCUUAGCAGAUAAUGCUUAUUCGUAAUUCACUUCCGAACGAAUUUCAAUGCAAUUGCCAGAAUAUUUCUAUGAAAUCCACUCUCAAGCGAAUUACAGAACCUGCCCGAUUGCUGACCUGACUUCCUCAAGGUAAAUUGCGCGGCAUAAGUACAAAGUCAAAUGAUCCUAAACAAGCUUGUAAAGAAAAUGUGAGUGCAGAAAUAACUGGAUUUGGAACUAUGAUUUGUUCAGCUAUUGCCAAAUUAAAAACGAAGGCGCAAGCCUCGGUUAUGCAAUGGUGCACGGAAAUAGUGAUGCGAGCUACUUAAAGACUUGGAAGAUAGUUAGGGACUUGCUUGACUUUGGAAAAAAUUUUUUUUUUGAAUUUAAUUUUAGGGUAGUUCUUAACACUAUGUUAAUACGGGACUGAGUGCCAACAUAUUUGACAGUCGUAUUUAUACUUAUUCCUCAUCUUAUUGUUUUUGGUACACGACUUGUAUAUUAGUUUCUUUGUUUGCUGUUUAGGGAAAACACGUUUAUAUCUUGUUAUUCUUAAAAUACAUAUGUUUAUCUUUUGUUUUUCUUAAAAUAUGUUAAUCUUUUGGUAUUCUUAAAAUAUGUUUGGAUUUGUUCAGCCCUGCAUGAUUAUACUUAGAAUUUACUUAACUAAUUUUAUUUAUUAUUUGUGAAUAAAAUCUUUCCUUAAAUAUGAUUGUGAUUUACUCUUUAUUAUCUUGGAAGGCUACUGCUCCUUCGUUAAGGUACUUGACCACCU